AUGCAGGGAGCUGUCAGCAGGAAUGAUCUUUCUACUGCAACACGCAUUCUGAACACCCUGAAGUUGAAGUUGACAGAGCUCCCGGCGUUGCCGCCCCUCCUGCAGCAGACUCCCACGGCACAGAAGGAAUUGCUCGUAGCUCGUGACGUCCUGGAGCAGGCAGUGUCUUUGAGUGUGAAGCUGCAAGAUGAGGCUGCGUUUGAGCGCAACUAUCUGCAAUUGAAGACAUAUUACACUGACACGAGAGCAUUGCUGCCUCCAUCCCAGCAGGAGAAUCUGAUUGUGGGGCUGGAUCUGCUGAGGCUGCUUGUGCAGAAUCGCAUUGCCGAAUUUCACACAGAGCUGGAGCUGCUGUCUCCUCAGGCUUUGCAGAGCCAGGGCAUCUCUCAUGUGGUGCAGCUUGAGCAGUGGUUAAUGGAGGGGGCUUACAACAAGGUGCUGGAUGCACGGCCAAACCUGCCAGACCUCUCUUAUGGCUACUUCAUGGAGAAGCUCCUCUCCACAGUCAGGGAUGAGAUUGCAGACUGCAGCGAGCGCGCAUAUAACACCCUGUCCCUCAGCGAUGCGAAGAAGCUCAUGCUGUUCAAGUCCGACAACGAGGCAGCAGAGUAUGCCGCACAGAGAAAUUGGGAUGUGCGAGAUGGGUCCAUCCAUUUCCAGGGUGGCCAGGAGAAGACAACCACCAACCAUCAGCCUGUGGAGCUAAUCGACAAUGCACUCACCUAUGCGCGAGAAAUCGAGCGUAUUGUGUGA